ACGAGCCGCUCUUAUUGCCUUGUAGGGACCCAAUAAUCCGGGCAUCUGCCCUGGGAUUAAUGUCACUGAGGCAGCCCUUAUUGGGUGGUGCAAGGGUCAGGGGUAACUAAACGAUACCCAGAAUAGAGGGGUGUUUGUGGGGUGUAGGUACCCGACCCCAGAGACAGCUGAGGGCUUGGUAAAAAGAGGCUGUGUACACAGACAUGGCGAUCAUCUUUAAUAGAGAGAGAGGCGCCUUGGGGUGGAUGUAAUGGUUGUGUGAAGGCUCUUCCGCGCGAAAGCUUAACCAAACAGCUCAAAAUAUCUCACGGGGAAGUUUUACAACUCUGGACUACAUGUACGAAAGCUAGGAGAAUUUACAUCUUGUACAUACUGAAGGCGUUUAGCCCAAGAUGUCUGAGGUCAGUUCGAGUGGAGGCCUGGACGAAAAAGAACAGAUCAGCGUUCCUAAGGAUUUGUUUUACGACUUUGAAAGUCUGAAGAAUGUGACCAAUCUAACCACGGUAGACUUAAUGCGGAAGCUUCUGGGAGAGUACCACAAUCAACCAAGCGCCGCUUCAAACCAGGAUUCGGUCACUACGAGUCAUCAUCGGCAAGAAUCGGGCAUUAUCGGCCAGGAUCGGAUUUCUCCGCCAUCAGGGAGUUCUUUUACAUCGAUAGAGAUGACGCCCCAAACCAGGAUUGUCACGGGAAAGCCUUUAAGUCAAAUAGGACGCAAAGGGCGAAUUCCAGGACAAAAGCUGAAACAAGUAUGUGAGAUCUUACACUGUAAACGUGCUGCGCGAGAGAUGGCAGAGCAGAGACGCAUGGAAGCGUCAGACCGAAACUGUAACAGCGCUGGAAGCAGCUCAAGCGGCACUGUCACCAGCAUGGAGGAACCGGCACUUGUAAACUGCGAUUUCCAACCAGUAAGUUUGCAGCCCGAAGCUAUGGUCAGGCCAUCUGAUAUUCAUGUUACCUCAAAGGCCCCAUGUGCCCAUAAUAACAACAACCCAGACGCGGUGAACCUUAGGAAACUCUUAGGCACGCGACCCAUGACGUCACUUGCUGACCACGGCCAUUCGGCUUAUCCUAAACACAUGGACCUAGGUGAUAUGGUUUUGGAUUUGUCAGUUCCCAAGCCACGUGAUACCCAGCAAAGCGUUGCCCAGUCUCGUUUCCCGAUGCUAUCUCAGGAAUCUACAGCAUUGUUUGAUCGAAGAAAAGAAAAUGACUCUCCUGUGGUUCACGACUCACCCAUGUCGAUGACAACAGGUGUGCCACCUAGUGGCUUGGAUCAGUGUCAAGUGUCGGAGCCUGCGCAGAUGCAGAAUCACAGCAGCCCGCUCUUUGUAUAUUCUUCACCCUCCCUAUGUGUAUCGACGGAAGGAAGUGUUCAGACAACUGGACACUGUUACACUGCUUCCGAGCAGCAUGUAGCUCAGAGCCUGCCUUCGUUUAUUCAACCCGCUGUCCCGUCGAAUGCGCAAGUGGAAGGCGUGGCUUCAGUGUCUAGAAACGUUCUUGGCCUACCUCGUAUGAGAACACGUCCUCGACGACAGAUGCCUAGAAAACCCCUGGCCAACGAAGGCAUGAAACUUAUCAAUGAAAAUAAUUUAUAUCCAGGCGUUUACACAAGCACUUUCAAACUGCCUGGUAGCCGAAGAGGUCGUCGAAGCACGGCAGCCAAGCAAUCCUCUCAACAACAACAAGAACAAGCCGCUAAGAACAAUGUUAUAGCGCCCUCUACAUCGAACUCUGGUCAGUCCAGUAUGGUGAUUCCCGUUCAGGUUCCCAAUGGCGCUCAACAACCAUACAUGAUGCUCUGCCCACAGGUGGCAGUCUCCUCAGUUCUCGUUAAGUCCCCCAGAAAGCGUGGGCGACCUCCCAAAAGGCCGACUAUUUCUCAGUUCCAAGGUCCCACAGAACCACAAGCGAGUACUUCGCAAAUGGUCGUGCCGCCAUCACAGAUGACAAUUGCUUUGCCCUCUACAGGAAAUCCUGGAAUUGUCAGCUCAGAUAACGGUGCAGUGUCUUACCUGUAUCAGCCUCAGGCAGAACAGACACCCGUAAACUUUCCCCACCAGACACUACAACAUCACAACCAGGGAGUCAGCGCUCCGGCAACGCUUCACCCGAACCACAGCCAGUUAGUGAGCAUUCUCAACCAGGCUACGUCCAUCAACGCCUGCAACCCGGUGUUUGUACCUAACUCCUCUUUACAACAAGGUGUACCAACUGCUCUCCCAACCAAUGCUGCAGGAAUCAUCACACUGCCGCUACAGAACAUUAAAACCGAACCUCAACCCUGCGUUCAGGGUUUCACUCCGAAUCUGGUCCCUUCUCCAAGAUGUGUGCCUUCUCCACAACUUAUGCCACAGGAGAUUUCUCACGAAGAGUCUAAGCUUUCUCCUGCACCAGAGACCCCAAGCACCGAUGCAUCAACUCCGACAACCACCGAACCACUUAAAACCACCGAUGUGCCGCCAGCGCCUGGAGUAUUUCAUGAAAUGAUUUUGUCUCCACAAGCUCUGGUUAACGUUAAACCAAGAUCGAAACCCACCACAACUGAACUCAUUCGUUCCAACUCUAACUUUUACUGUGGGUCCUUUAAAAUUCGUCCCCAAAAACCUAAUACUCAAACUGGUCAAAGUGGAGCUCCACUGAAGAGAGGAAGAGGAAGACCGCGCCUGAACGUAUUCGAAAGUUCGAGGCAGAAAGAGACCAAAGAAAGCCGCUCAAAGAUGUAUCAAGAAUUGUUCCAUUGCAAAGUCUGCAACGAGAUCGUAUGGGCAGGUGAAAGACUCAGCCAUCAGCGAAAGCAUGUGUCUGUGAAAUGUGUGUGCACAUCAUGUGGCAUCGAGUUUCACACUUACAAAAACUCGACCAUUCAGACUAAAAAAAUCCAUAGCCAGCAGUGCCCUCAGUGUAAGAAACUGUACAGCUAUGACAUGAACCCCACAGAGGACUGCACGACUGAUAAUGUGGAUGGAGGCGUCUGUGAAACAACGGGAGAAAGCUUCGCUUCUCAAAAUGAUGCCGCGGAUCUUGAGGCGGCGAACGACGAGUUGGCCUGCCAGAUCUGUGGUAAACUAUGUGGUUCCCCUGUAUCCUAUGCCCAACAUAUAAAUGAACACCAAUAUGACAGUCUGACGUGUGUCGAAGAUGGAUGCUGUAGGCGAUUUAGAAACAGCAGUGAGCUGAGACGGCACAUUAAACAUACGCAUACCAAAGGAAAGGAGCACCAAUGCGUGUACGAAGGCUGUGAUAAAAAGUUCAUGAAGAAUUUUCAUCUACAAGAGCACAUUCGUGUGAAGCACUUUAACAUUAAAGCCUUCAAAUGUCCCUGGCCAGGUUGUGAAAAAGAAUUCGCUGGAAUUCGCCACCUGAAGGUGCACAUGCUUAUUCACAAGGGUGAAAAACCGCUAAAAUGUGAUUUCUGUGAUUACCGCUGUCGUCAGCGCAACGCCCUCAACUGGCACAUGCGCAAGCACCCGGAAGUGUCGUCACAAUAUACGGACGGUCGCCCCGCCUCAGAUAGUGACCCGGAUGGAGAGUGUAUGGUAAUUGACAUGAACCUUCAUGGCGCUGACUCUGCCGGAAGCGAGGAUCUCAGUCCGAAAGGAUAUGAGCCGGAAAACGAAGAAGAGUCUAGUCCAGAGUCUUUCUCAGACUUCAGUCCAGUGGCUGACCAGAAUUCCCCAGAUAGAAGUCACGCUCUGGUAGUCGACGAUGAGUGAGAAGAAUUAUUUGUUAAAAAUAGCCGGAAGGAAUGUCAGUUUUACUACUGUACCUGAUCUGUAUUUUGUGUUGCCUUUACGAUCGAUCAAUAUGCAGAACAUAUAUCGGCGGUGUUUUGUCAUGUAAUAAUUUAAAACACGCAACAAGUGUGUUAAUAAUGAAUUUUAUGCGCAAAUAGUCGUGAAUUGUUUUCUUGCCGUCAAUUUAUUUCUUGCUUAAAUUGUUUUUAUUUCAAAACAAUUUUAGAGAAAUCCCAUUGGCGUAUUGUGAAAUGGCAAAAGUAAAGCUGUCUGCUGUUAUGCAUUACAAGGAUUUGCUCUUUAACAAAGCUUUUUUAAUUUACCAUGAUGUGGGUGAGUGGAUCAGCACCACAGACAGGCAUUCAGAUAUGAGCGAAAACAAUCAGUAUGACUUACUGUUAAUGUGCCUCAAAGUACCAGAUUUUAAACUAGUCCUCAUUAGAAAUUGCAGGGUCACGUACUUGUUUACUACACCUAAAAUUUAUUUGGUGUUGGAUAAACGGAUAUGAGACGAAAGCAUUAAUAUGUACCAAGACGAGGAGGGAACACACCGAUUACCUCCCUUUAAUUGUGGCUCAAACUCACCAGAACUAAAGUUGUUAUUUUGACCACUUCUUCGUGCAUUCAUUAUUCGUUCAACUAAGGCUCUUGAAAUCUCGUCUAACUCGUGUACCCCUCAUCGAGGGAUUUGGAAUCGACUAUGUGUUUAAAGAGCACUAAACAGAAACAGUCCAGAGGCCUUGAACACAUAACCGGGUCAACUCACAGUAGAUGUAUGUAAUUAUUUAGGCCCUUGAAUUUUACUGGAUAUAAAUGAAAAAGUCUCGCAAAAUCUGUCCGUACUUACCAGUAAAUUGAAUAUCCAAGGCCAACUGUCAAAUGUUUUGUCAUAUGAUAAUGGUCACAGUUACUGCCAUGUUUCUUUUUAUUUGUAAAGUACUCUUCUUCAUCUUGUUUGAAAAUCGUCACUCACAAGUCAAUGAUAGUUUAUAGAAAUUAUUCUGUACCUAACCCUUGUACGCUUUUAACAAUUUAAUUAAAUCUCAGCGUUUAACAAUCAUACGAGCGGACUCCAAUUACAGAUUAUCAUUAAAGCGUUCAUGUACAGUACUUUGUAACCCAGUCUCCGUUCAUGUCGUUCCUUUAGAAAAUCGAGAUUUUCAUUUUUGCGUCUGUAGAAUGCCUAGGUCGUCACCAAAAGUUUUGACUUAAAACAACCACCCAAAGAAAAAGUGAGGAUCUCAGUAUAUGGAAUUACUUACCUUCUAUAAAACCGCCUAGGACCGGAAGGGUUAAAACGUGUUUGUAUGCCAGAAGAUCAAUCAAGGGGAGACAAGCCUGUAUUGACAAAGUCCAUCCUGUGGACAAACCAUGGCAAACUAUGGCGAUGGAGUACUUACGUUAUUAUUGUUUGUUGAAAGAUUCAGUGAAAUUUUAUUAAGAUGUAUGAAAAUGAAUUAUUAAUGACACGCAAUCAACAUGGUAGGUCGAUAAUUAAUGCCAUAUGUUUUCCUGACCCGUGUUUUAUUUUAUUACGGUUUGUAGUGAUGCAAUACAACUGUGAUAUUUUAAGUAUUAGAUACAAAGCUUUUUACUGCAUCCUGAAGACAUACUAAUGUUUUUUUUUUUUGUUUUGUAUCGGUUUAUAUUGUUGUAGUAUUGCAAAUAAAAAUGAU